CAUUCGUCCAAUCAAGUGUCAAUCCGCACGCCGGAACUACGAGUAACAGGACCCUCUGUGGCGCAAAAAUGGAGGAUAACGUUAAGGACCUCUGUCGACCUCAGAUGUAUUUAUUUGGUUGCUCAUUGAAACCUGGUAAGAAAGAGCACAAAGUCGAGUUAGAUGAUGAUGAGGCUGAACAUCAACUGUCACUCAAGGCGGUGUGUUUGGGUGCUGAGGCGGAGGAUAAAUUCCACACCGUGGAAAUGGAGGGAUUGGCCUACGAUGGCAAAAUGACCAAAAUCACUCUUGCUGUACUGAAGCCAUCCGUUCUGCCUUCUCUAAGUCUGGGAGGUUUUGAGGUCACGCCUCCUGUGUCCUUUCGCCUGCAGUCCGGAGCGGGGCCGGUCUACAUCAGCGGUCAGCAUUUCGUCAGUCUGAAGGAAUCAGAUGAUGAGGAAGAGGAGGAGAAUAAUACAUCACCAGUGAAGAGACCGUCCAACAUGACCCUUGCAAAAGUGCCUCAGAAAAAACUGAAAAUGGACACAGAUGAAGACGAGGAUGAGGAUAGUGAUGAAGAUGAUGAUGACGACGACGAUGAUGAUGAUGAUGAAGAAGACGAUGAAAAACCUGCUGAAAAGAGCCCCAUCAAAACCCCUCAAAAAACCCCAGAGAAGAAGAAAAGUGCAGAUAAGCAGAACGGCUCUCCAGACAAGAAAGCGGGGACAUCAGGGAAGCCCCAAACGCAGACACCACAGAAAGUAAAAGACAAGUCUGCAGCAGGGCCUUCUGGGAAGACUCCUAGCACUCCCAGCCUGAGUGAGGUCAAAAGCAAACUUGCAUCAACAGCUAAAGAGUCUGCUGUAGAUAAGGGGAACUGGAAUUACUGUAAAGGACACAAAAAAUGGGAAGCCACUUCCAAAGACGGAACAGAAGUUUGAGAACUACGCUAGAAGCGCUUUCAAGAUCUCCGAUAAACAAGUGAUCAAAGACCUUUGGAACUUUUUACAGUCACUAAAAAAGUAAUGGCUGCACUGCGCUCCCCUUCCCGUCCCGGUGCAGCAGAAGUCUGGGGUGAGCCAGUUACGGCACUUCAGCUGUACGAUCUGGUCUUUUCCCAUCUUAACGUGAUCCGUCUGCUCUUCUCUCACUUUGAAGAUGGAUAGAGCAAAAGGAGCAUCAGCAAUGGCAGAGAUAUCAAGCAUCAUGUUUUUAUGUGUAUUUCUUAUAAUUAUGGAUUUUUUUUUUUGGAUCUUAAAAGAACAUGUAAUGGGACGUUUUGCUAAGAUAGUUUUAAUUUAAAAAAAGAAUCCGAAUUGGUAAAUCUCACUAAAUUCACAAACUUGUGCAGGUCAUAUUUUACCUCAAAAUUCAAAAGAGAUUAUAUUUUGCGUGAAGGAAAUUAAGCCUAUUUUGGACUAUACAAGUGUUUUGCAUUAUGUUUUUUUCUUUUUUUUCUUUUAUAAGAAUGAAGCACAUUUCCCCUAAUUUUCAUUGUCAGUAUUUAUGCAUCAUGGAAUGAUCUGUGGUAGAGAUUAUAAUUUAUGGUUAUUUAAUAAAAAAAAAUUAUAAUAAUUGUACUAUUUUAUAUUAGUAAAAAUCACCAUUAAAAAUAAUGUUGGGGGGAACUUUAGUAACUCAUUCUGGCACAUUAUGAUCAUGAGAAUUUGGGGUGUAUAUAUAUAUAUAUAUAUAUAUAUAUAUGCAAAAAUGCUCAUGGUCAAUAAAAAAGCUUUUUUUAAUGCAAAAUAUAAUUUCCCUUGUUUUCUUUAGCAUUUUGGGUAAAAUAUGAUCCUGUGUGUUUUUGUUAGCAUCGCUUUAAAAUAGAAAACCAAUAUUGGUUGGUUGGUGCUUGUUUAUCACACGUUUAGUACAAUGUUUUGUAAGGCCAUUUAAAAAAAAAAAAACUAAAAAAAAAAACAUUGUUAUCAUAAAUGUUAUCUUGAGCAAAAUAUUUUUUUACACUACCAACCCAUUUUGCUUCUUGUGUAUAUUUGAAACCAUAAUCACUGUAAAUGGGCCUCUUAAUUUCUUCAUGUGAAGAUGGCAGCUGAGGUGUAGUAAUUCUGAAGAUUCAGUCAUAUUCUGAUUGUUCCGUCUGAUUAAAGAUUCCGUCUAGUUCACAGAAUUCCAUGCAGCCCUUGCAGCAAUUCCCACGGCCUUCAACAUUAAAAAAAUUAUAAAACAAUCAAUUACCAAUUAAUACAAUUAUCAGUUAACACAAUUUAGUGCUAUAGACUCUUUUAUUAAAAUCCUCUUGAGAAGCACGGCCAGAAUAUCAUACCUUGUUAAAAAGAUGAUUGUUAGUACAUGUCUGGUUGAUUUGAUGCCUUAAAAUCGGAUUUCACUUUUAUGUUUUUUUUUAAGUUGUUUUUAUUUGUAUAUUUUUACUAAACCAUUUUAAUUUGCUAGCACUAAUAGUUAAAACACUGAAAUAUACAUAGGUGUUUUUUUGAAAGCAGAUCUGUUUUAAUUAAAAUUACAUGUUGUGUCUCCCUGUGUAAUUGGUACAAGUGUUUUUUUUUUUUUUUUUUUUUUUUUUUUUUGUCUGACAAAGUAAAUGCUUAAAACAAGCAGGGCAUUGCAACAAAACUGUAUUGUUCCAUAAUGAUCAACAAAAUGGUUUAUAAUGCAGUCGCUCAGUGCAGCCAACGCUAUCUCACGUCCAAUUCGUACGUAUUUUAUGAGGUGGCUUAUUCGUACAAAUUUGUACGACCUCACUCGUACGAUUUUAUACGAUUUGUCUAAACCCCAGUGACGGUUAGGUUUAGGGGCGGGGUUAAGUGUAGGUCAUGUGUACAAAUUCAAAUUUGUGCAACUCAUAAAAUACGUACGAUUUGGCAACAAUCAUAUGAAUUUGUACGAGUGUGGUCGUACAAAUUUGUACGAAUAAGCCACCUUGUGAAAAAUUGACGAAUUGCCAUGAGAUCGGGUUGAUGCAGCUUGUUUGUUGAUGUUGAUUAAACUUGGAGCUGUUAAAUUUUUGUUGCAUCAUUCUGCUCGCUAGCAUUGUUAGAUUAAGUUCUUUUCUUGAAUGGAAAUUGAGGUAAUCCAUCUUUAGUUAAUCUGUGAAAUAAAUACUGUAUAAAAA